AAAAGGAUCUAGAAGCUCGAGAAUUACAACGCCAUCUAUUGUCAGAUAGCGGAAACUACUACUAGAGAAGUGUGGAAUAUUCUCGAUAAUUCUAGGGAUGAGGUAUCGGCUAUAAAAGCGUUGUAGGGAUGGCACGCAGUCAGUCAGUAAUCGGAGCUACUCGAAGCGAAACAGCGAACGGAUCACCUAAAGCGAAGCGGAACAAGCGAAUUGAGAGUUUUAAAGUGUUUGAUACUCACAGGACUUCCGUCUACCCGCCGCCAGGGGUGGCCUGAUGCGAGGCUCCGGGGGCAGCCGCAUCUCCAGACUCGCAAUGCGAGCGUCAACCAUGGUGCCGAUGGCACGCAUAAUGCGUUGGACACGUAGCUCCUCCUGUUCCUCUGUCGUGGUGGUUGAAGCUGGGGCCGGGGUUUCGACUGGGUUGGACAACAUCAAAGCCUGUGAGAUGCGCGCCAGCUCCUUGCGUACCUCCUGCAGCUCCUGUCGGAGCUGUACAAUCUCCUCCUGUUGACUGGCGCUCACCACUCGCAGCAUUUCCGUCUCUUUGGCCGCGGGGCGGUUCGCCAGCUCUUCUGUGACCUCUGUGACUGUCGGCGACGAUACCUAAACGUGCGGGGCACGCGGAAGCGGAGCGCGGGGAGACCCGGAACAAAACGUGAAGACAGACAGACGCGACACGGACGCGUGCGCAACACCAACAUAAGCAAUAAGCCGCAGACUUAAUGUUAAUCGAAUAUAAUUAUAAUAAAAUUGUAAAAAGCAAAAUACAUAAUAAAAGCAUAAAAAUAUAAUUAUAUGAUUUUGUUCAAUUCCUGGACAAAAAUUGGCGACCGUGACAGGACGAACGUGACCGGAUUUAAUAUACAUACUAUCUCAAGCAACCAGCUGGACCCUAAGUAAACCAGUGGAACAUCAUGGAGAGAUUCCAACACCAGGGGAGUAGCUCUGUCCUUUCCUUUUAUUCGUAAAUGUCCCUCUUUAAUUUGUGUUGAGAGUUUCUUUUCUUUUUUUUCUCUGCGGGUAGAUAUGUGGAACUUUUGUUUCGCGUGCAUUUUGGUGUCGAAUAUUCGUUCUAGAGUAUUCGUUCUAUACCUGAGUGCUUAUAAUUAUACGUUUAAUGUGUUUAACUAUCUUCAUUGCGUACGUUUUAACUUUGCUUAAAUAUUAAAUAAAUUGUUUUCUUAAUUUCAAACAAUAUUUAAUGCUACAAGUGAAAUGCUUAUGUCUUUAAUUAUGGCUAAGCCCUUAAGUACAUAAAUACAUAAUCAGUGCAGAAUUCUCGUAAUAGUAAUUAAUCAUUAGUACUUUUGUUUACCGAGAGUUUCCAUAAUUGCAAUUAAUUUCUGCACUUUAAAAUAAUACUAUCUUUAUGCCCUUAUAAGUCCGAAAACAAAUCAAGUAAAUUUAUAAUUUGCUAAUAAUUUGGCCGAACAUUCCAGGCGACAUCGAAACGUAAUCGGCAACCGGCCGCUGCGCUCCGGUGUUGCGAGUGAGCAUUGUCGUCGUGCACUGUGAUACGCACGGUGCUGCACUGUGUCGGGCGCACUGCGCGGCGCCGUGUCUUGCAGUGUCUACGCGCCUUGCGCCUGACGAGUCUAUUUGAAUCGGUUUGAUGCACAUUUACUUUGUUUAGCUCAUUAAGUACGCUUCAAUAAAAUGCCUCAAGAUCAAGAUAUGUUGUCUGGUGGUAGCUCUGAGGUUAAGAAAAUGAAAGAGUUAAUUAGAUCACGCGGGACUAUUUAGGGUCGUUUGACACGAUUUAAGGAUUACGUUUCAGCUUUUAACGUUACUAAUCAUGAGGACAUUAGUGAUUUAAAGUUUAGAGAAUUGAAAUUUCGUUUAGACAAAAUUGAGAAUUUAUUGUUUGAGUUUGAUGAAGUUCAGUCUCAGAUUGAAAUGUUGUCAUGUACCGAAGAUGACAGCAGUGAUAUAGAUAGUUUCGAAAACUUAUACUAUGGUACAUUAUCUUUAGCUCAACAUAUACUUGAGUCGCGUCGUAACGCACGGGACGAAAAAGAGGGGAGCCUUCACUCAGCUCGCUCGGCAUGCUCAAAUAGUUGUAGUCAUCAUAAUUUGAGCAACAUUAAACUCCCUACCAUAAAAUUACCUACAUUUGAUGGAAAUUAUCUAAAAUGGCUAGAAUUUAGAGAUACAUUUGAUUCUUUAAUUCAUUCGAAUGAAACUAUAUCAGACAUUAAUAAAUUUCAUUAUCUGCGAUCAUCUUUGGAGGGUGGUGCAGCCUUAAUCAUAAAAUCACUUGAGUUUAGCUCAAAAAAUUACACUAUAGCUUGGAACUUAAUAUGUGAACGUUAUGAUAACAAAAAGAUUCUUAUUAAUAACCACUUAAAGGCGUUAUUUGAAAUAGAAUCAAUCACAAACGAGUCUCACAGAGCUAUUCGAUUUCUUAUUGAUCAUGUCUUAAAAAGCUUGAGGGCUCUUAACACUUUAGAACAGCCUACUGACAAAUGGGAUAUUUUCAUUAUAUACUUGGUGUCAACUAAACUAGAUUCGAUUACUUUUAGUAAAUGGGAGGAACAUAAAAAUACCUUUAACAACUUACCUGAGCUAUCAGAUUUUAUAACAUUUUUACGUAAUAGCGCUGAUAUUCUUGAGACAAUGGCAGUGAGCAGAAGUGAGAAACACGGAAAUAAAUUCAAUUUGUACAAGAAUAAUUAUAAAAAACCUGAGCCGAAAGUUAAAGAAUAUUACCAUAAUAAAACAACCAAAAGCUUUGUGACUUCUGCCAAUACCAAAUUUUCUAGGUCGUGUCCAUUUUGUAAUCAGCAACAUCGGAUCAUAGAUUGCCCUUCAUUUAAGCAAUUAUCACCUGAAAAGAAAUGUGUUGAGGUCUCUAAAUUAAACCUAUGCCUUAACUGUUUGCGAAGAGGACACGCAUCAAAUGAAUGUCGACUUUUGGGUACCUGUAAAAUCUGUAGAAAGAAACAUAAUACAUUGUUGCAUGUGGAUAGUCCCACACUUGAAACAAAUACUUCACUAAGUCAUUGCAGCUACGUACCUGUAUCUCUGCCUGCUAAAUCUGCUGGUCAAGUUCUUCUUGGCACCGCCUUAAUAGAAGUUAUAAAUCCUGAAAAUAAUAAUACUUACCUUGCUCGUGCUUUACUUGAUGCGGGCAGCCAAUCAUCAUUUGUCACAGAACAGUUGAAGGAACACAUGGGACUUAUUGGUAGGAACAUGGAUACGUUAUGCGUAUCUGGUAUAAAUAAUUGUAAAACGUCCAUAUCUAAUAGUUGUCAUUUGACUAUAAAAUCACGUGUUAAUAAUUUUAGUGCACCCCUUAAAUGCUUAGUUGUUCCGAAAAUAACUGGCUUGUUGCCGAAUACAUCAGUACAUGUAACGAACCUUAACUUGCCCCAGCAUAUCCAAUUAGCGGAUCCUAAGUUCUUCCGCCCAUCAGAUGUUGACUUAUUAUUAGGUGCCGAAAUAUUCUUCGAGUUAAUGUUACCUAAUCAAAUAAAAUUAGGAUCUGCAAAACCGGUUCUUCAGGAAUCUAAAUUAGGCUGGAUUGUAGCAGGUCCUCUUUACAGUAGUGAGCUGAACGAGAAUAGACAGGUGCACUGUAACUUCACUAAAGAUAUCAGUGAUCAGCUGACAAGGUUUUGGAGUCUUGAAGAAGUACCAUCCUCAAAACCUACUAUGUCUGCUGACGACCAAUUUUGUGAACGCUACUUUACUGCAACCACCAAGCGUCUUGAAGAUGGUAGAUUUUCAGUAUUUAUUCCAUUCAAAGAAUCCCCUGAAGUAGUACUAGGUGAUUCGUUCUUUAUUGCAAAAAAGCGUUUCUUGAGCCUUGAGAGAAAACUUAAAAAGACCUUAAUUUAAAGAAGAAGUAUUGUGCCUUUAUAUAUGAAUAUGAACAGUUGGGUCACUUAAAUUAAAUAAGCAAACCUCAAUUUGGUUACUUUAAGACUUAAACAAAUGUUUGCAUACGUAUUCCGAUUCAUCGACAAUUGUAAAAAACUUACUAACGGAAUACUUGGUUCUCUUAAUGAAACUGAACUUCAUCAAUCUCUUACAUUCCUUCUUAAAACCGCUCAGCAAGACUCCUUUGGCUGUGAGAUAACUGCACUUAAGAAAAAUAAAUCGCUUAAAUCUAAAUCUGAUAUUUUGCAGCUAUCUCCCUUUAUUGAUGCUACGGGGCUUCUACGAGUAGGUGGUCGCUUAAAACAUGCUAGUCUUAAAUAUGACACAAAGCAUCCAAUUAUGCUGAGGUCCAAUCAUCAUCUUACAAAAAUCAUGAUGUUGAAUGAGCACCUACGAUUGUUUCAUGCGGGCCCUCAAUUGCUUCUUAGUUCAUUUAGAGAACAGUAUUGGCCCAUUGGCGGUAGAAUGCUUGCUAGAAGCAUUGUCCGAAAAUGUAUUACGUGUGUUAGGAUGAAGGGUAAGACCAUGGAGCCAUUGAUGGGUAAUCUGCCUAAGGCAAGGGUGACUGAAUCAUUCACUUUUCAGUUCACGGGAGUUGAUUUUGCUGGUCCUUUCAUGAUCGCGAGUAAAAAAGGCCGUGGCAGUAGAACAAUAAAAUGCUAUUUAUGUAUCUUCAUUUGUUUCGCUACGAAAGCUGUUCACCUUGAAACGGUCAGUGACCUCACGACCCAAGCUUUUAUUUCUUGCCUCAAGAGGUUUAUCUCCAGACGAGGUAGGCCACAUUAUAUUUACUGUGAUAAUGGCAAAAACUUUGUUGGAGCGAGCAAUGAGUUGAGCAGGGUAUUGCGAUUAGACUUAAAUUCCAUAACCGAUUUUGCGGCUGAUAGGGGCAUAAGAUUUGUUUUUAGUCCUCCUUAUUCUCCAACGUUCGGUGGACUUUGGGAAGCGGGCGUGAAAAGCGCAAAAUUUCACCUUAAGCGUAUAACGGGAAAUAUAAGUCUCACAUACGAGGAGUUGAAUACUCUCUUUACACAAAUUGAAGCGAUCCUCAACUCCCGCCCCUUAACUCCUUUAUCAGCCGACCCAAAUGAUCUUUCUCCCUUAACCCCAGGGCAUUUCUUGAUUGGGCGGCCACUGACGUCGCUACCUGGUUCGCAAGGGACUGACAUAAAAAUACGUACCAGAUACCAGUUGGUCGAACAAUUGCGACGCCAUUUCUGGGAAAGAUGGAGGAAAGAAUAUCUGGCUGAAUUGCAACAACGCACAAAAUGGCGUACUCUACAGACAAACUUAAAAGAAGGUGAUCUGGUAGUCUUCAAAGAACCCAACUUACCACCACUAAAGUGGAGACUUGGUCGAGUUCAGCGACUUUAUCCUGGAGAUGACGGAGUAGUCAGAGUCGCUGAUUUUAAUACUUAUCGAGGCAUCGAGCGACGAGCCAUUAAUAAGAUCUGCCUUCUACCUACUGCAGAAGAUUCUGAAGUUUUGGAAGAUGCAGCUGUCCUUCCAAAGGCGGGGAGGAUGUCGGCGACGAUACCUAAACGUGCGGGGCACGCGGAAGCGGAGCGCGGGGAGACCCGGAACAAAAUGUGAAGACAGACAGACGCGACACGGACGCGUGCGCAACACCAACAUAAGCAAUAAGCCGCAGACUUAAUGUUAAUCGAAUAUAAUUAUAAUAAAAUUGUAAAAAGCAAAAUACAUAAUAAAAGCAUAAAAAUAU